GGUUUAUCAUCGUCGUUUCCACUCGUCAUCAUCAAAAACCCAAAACCAUAAACCUCACUGGACUUUGGAAGCAGAGGCUUGUAUCAAAUGAAUUAGAAACCCAAACAUUUUCCUCUUCAAAUCCUGCGGUGGAAAGUGACAGAACGAACAUAAAGAAAUUAUUUUCCUUUCCUUUCUUUUCCAUUCCCGUUCUUUUCAUAACAUGAUAUAAAGCAGAAGGAAAUGGAAUCCCUCACUUCUAAACCUCCUCUUAAUUCCAUUGGGUUUCCAAAACCCUUUGUUGGCAACUUUCCAUACUCUCUCUCUUAUCCCAAAACACUCAAAUGCGCCUUUAAAACUAGAAAAUUAAGCUCUCAAAAUGGCUCAAUUCCAUUCGUAAACCGUAAAACAUUCACAAUUACUGCUUUUGCUAACUCGGUUUUGGCGUCUCCUAACUCAGAAGAAGAAGACCCCGAGUCGGCUAAGCUAUUCGAGAAAUUGAAACAGAAAGAGAGACAAAGAGUCAAUGAAUUGGAAGAGUUAGAGAGGAAGGCAGAUGUGCAAUUGGAGAGGCAGCUUGUAAUGGCAUCGAAUUGGAGCAGGGCAUUGUUGACUAUGCGUGGAAAGUUGAAAGGAACAGAGUGGGAUCCUGAAAACUCUCAUAGAAUUGAUUUUAGUCAGUUUUGGAGGCUUCUUAAUUCAAAUAAUGUUCAGUUUAUGGAGUACUCGAAUUAUGGGCAGACAGUAUCAGUGAUUCUGCCAUAUUACAAGGAUGGUAAAAUGGAGGGAGCAAAAGGAAAUUCUAAGAAGGAAAUUAUAUUUCGGCGCCAUGUUGUUGACCGCAUGCCAAUUGAUGGUUGGAAUGAUGUUUGGCAAAAGUUACAUCAGCAAAUAGUAAAUGUAGAUGUCCUUAAUGUGGAUACGGUUCCUGCAGAAGUGUACAGUACUGUUGCAACUGCAGUCAUUUGGUCUAUGCGACUUGCUUUAUCUGUUGCAUUGUAUAUCUGGAUUGAUAAUAUGAUGAGACCAAUUUAUGCAAGGUUAAUACCUUGUGAUAUGGGAAAGCCCAGCCAAACAAUUCAGCAACCACUCAAACGCCGUGCACUUGGUUCACUUGGCAAGAGUCGGGCAAAGUUUAUAUCAGCAGAAGAAAGUACUGGUGUUACGUUUGAUGAUUUUGCUGGCCAGGAAUAUAUAAAAAGGGAACUACAGGAGUUUGAUGAUUUUGCUGGCCAGGAAUAUAUAAAAAGGGAACUACAGGAGAUUGUACGAAUUUUGAAGAAUGAUGAAGAGUUUAAAGACAAGGGUAUCUAUUGUCCAAAAGGUGUGCUUCUUCAUGGGCCUCCUGGAACUGGUAAAACUUUGCUAGCUAAAGCUAUUGCUGGGGAAGCAGGACUGCCUUUUUUUGCAGCAAAUGGCACAGAUUUUGUAGAGAUGUUUGUAGGUGUGGCGGCAUCUCGUGUGAAGGAUCUUUUUGCCAGUGCCAGAUCUUUUGCUCCUUCCAUCAUCUUUAUUGAUGAAAUUGAUGCUAUUGGCAGCAAGCGUGGGGGACCUGACAUUGGCGGGGGUGGUGCUGAGAGGGAGCAAGGCCUUCUUCAGAUACUGACUGAGAUGGAUGGAUUUAAAGAAUUUACAUCUCAGGUGUUAAUUAUAGGUGCAACCAAUAGACUUGACAUUCUUGAUCCUGCCCUCUUGAGAAAGGGUCGUUUUGACAAGAUUAUAAGAGUUGGUUUGCCAUCUAAGGAUGGUAGACUAGCAAUAUUAAAGGUAUUUUUUUUUAUUAAAGCCUGUUUGCUGGUCCUUGCGUGCAUUUUCCUGUGCUAUUUUCCUGAUCCCUACCACCCCUUCACAGAGACAGACAUAAAUUCUAUACAUAGCCAGCCAAAUAUGCGCUAUGCAGAAAUUGCGGGCAGAGUUUUCGCAAGGAAAUCAGAUUACGUGAAUGCUGUAGUGCGUGCAUGUGCCCCUAGAGUAAUUGAGGAGGAGAUGUUUGGGGUAAACAAUUUGUCUUGGAUCUCUGCAAAAGCAACAUUAGAAGCUUCACGUCUUGCAGAGCUUUUGAUUCUUCAGACUGGAAUGACAGCAUUUGGGAAAGCAUUCUACAGGAAUCAUAGUGAUCUUGUGCCUAAUCUCGCAGCAAAACUUGAAGCACUUCGGGAUGAAUACAUGCGUUAUGCUGUUGAAAAAUGUUCCUCUGUACUGAGAGAAUACCAUUCAGCUGUGGAGACAAUUACUGACAUUUUAAUUGAGAAGGGAGAGAUAAAAGCUGCAGAAAUUUGGGAUAUAUACAAAAGAGCUCCCCGAAUACCUCAAUCUGCUGUUGACCCUGUUGAUGAAUAUGGAGCCUUAAUUUAUGCUGGAAGAUGGGGGAUCCAUGGGGUUUCACUUCCUGGAAGGGUUACAUUUGCACCGGGAAAUGUUGGGUUUUCAACCUUUGGUGCUCCCCGCUCCAUGGAGACUCAAAUUAUCAGUGAUGAAACUUGGAAGCUUAUAGAUGGCAUUUGGGAUAAAAGGGUUCAGGAAAUAAAAGCUGAAGCAUCAAUGCAGAUCGAGGAAGACAAUGAAAAGCCAGAACUUUUGAUGGCCAGCCAUUUCCUUUGAAGAUGAAUGUUCUCUCUUCAUGGCUUGAAUGCAAGUCAAUGUCUCUGUCCACCUGCAAUGUAUGCAAUUCCAUCUUAAACCUAAUUUAUUUUUGGUUUCUCUGGGGUUGGUGGCAUAUGAGAAAUGCAAGUGUAGCUGCUGCUCAAAAUAAUCCUCUCUUAGAAUAGGUUGUUCCACUUUGCAACCUAGUGAGAGGCAGAGAACCAAUUCUUUGCUUUUUCUUUUGGGUAAUGUAGUACCUAUAAAGAUGAUAUAGCAACAAUGAUGUAGCAAAAAUAAUCCUGACCUAAUUAGUUAUAGAUUUGACAACAGAAUAGUUAAAAAGAAAACUAUAGGUCAGGGAAAAUAAACUACUAAUUAAAUUUGGUCUUUUAUCA